GUCUCACGCACAUCACUUGCCCGUCCGCCGCGAUACGCGAUCGUCGUCUCAAAUUAAAAAGUAAAAAUUCAAAAUGGCGCGCGUUUUCCGCGCUUUCCGCCGGCCGUUCUUUUUUCAAACUCGUCACGAGUCUACAAUGGCUUCGUUGACGAAAGACGAGAUUUUAAUACUUUUGCGACCGCCUUUUACGAAUUGGAGCAAUAUUAUAAGGGAUGCGGAGAAAGUUGUGGGAUAUCCUACUUCGUUUAUGAAUCUGAGGUGUCUGUUGAGUGACGAGUUUGCUAAUAUGGCGCUGUAUCUAAGGAAAUUGCUGGGCAGCAACCACCUCGUGAUGCAGACAGCCAAGAACGUCCUCUACGGAGACUCCAAGAACCUCCAACCUUGGGGGCUGAUCAUCCUCCUCCUCUCCAAGUCUGUGAAGACCUCAUCAACUCCCCUACAAGCCAAACAGAUAGAGGAAAAGCAGAGACUCCUCGCCGAACUAACCGAAAUGAUGAGAACAGGUCAUCUGAUUCACAAAGGAAUAGUUAAUGUUCCAUUCGCUAAAAGAUCUAAAAGCACAGAAUCAGCGAUCUUCGGAAAUAAAAUUGCAUUACUCCUUGGAGACUACAUCUUAGUGACAGCCAAUGAUAUGCUCGCAAAGCUAAGAAACUCUGAAGUAUCCUACAUAAUUUCUUCUGCUUUAAGAGACUUAUCCGAAGGAGAAUUUUUCGGAGAACGAGAUGAACAGAACCAACCGAUUCCGGGCAAACCUAAAGCAGUAACCGAUGAUGUAGACAUCACGUUUGACACCACUACUAUCUCUGUUGAUGAUGUCUUGGGAAGACCUAGGAAAGAAUGGACCAUUAGAUCAGUUUACAACGGUGCAUCCUUGUUAGGAAGGGGAUGCCAGUCUGCGAUGGUCCUAGGCCAACAAAACAGGGAAACUAUCAGCUAUGCGUAUCAUUUUGGAUGUCAUGUUGGACUUGCUUGGCAGGCUGCCGCUGAAAACCAGACUUUAACGUCGAACAGCAAAGAUCAGUUUUGCUUAGCGAGUGCCCCUGUCUUAUUCGCUUUGGAAGAAAAUCCAAGCCUAUAUCAGAUAAUAGAUCAAGCGAAGGGAGACUUAAAAGACGUUGAUUAUGAAGACCUUAAGUUUAAUAUACUUAAGACUGAUGCUAUUAAUAAAACUCAGAAGCUGUAUGAAGACCAUGCGCAGAAAGCCAUAGCUUAUAUUGAAAGUAUUGGACAGAACGAAUCGGUUGAUAUGAUUAAGAAAUUGAUAAAUACUUUUUAAAGACUUACUACGCUAUCGCGA